UUUCACCCUGCAGCUGGGCUGGCUGCUGGGUCUGGGCGUUUCUGCUCCUAGGCUAGGGGAGGGAGCUUCCACCUCCCCUCUUUUCUUCCCUGCCUGGUUCUUCACUCCCCCUCUCCUCCUCAGCUUAGCAGGAUCCCAAAAGCAGAGCAUGCAAUCAGAGAGCAGCAGCAGCAGCAGGGAAGAUGCAGAAGCCUAGUCCGAAAGAGCAUCUCUACAAGCUACUGGUGAUUGGGGACCUGGGCGUGGGCAAGACCAGCAUCAUCAAGCGCUAUGUGCACCAGAACUUCUCCCCACACUACCGGGCCACCAUUGGGGUGGACUUUGCCUUGAAGGUGCUCAACUGGGAUGCUGAGACGGUGAUACGGCUGCAGCUCUGGGACAUUGCUGGUCAGGAAAGGUUUGGAAACAUGACAAGGGUCUAUUACAGAGAAGCCAUGGGAGCGUUUAUUGUCUUUGAUGUUACAAGACCAGCGACGUUUGAAGCGGUGACAAAAUGGAAAGAGGAUCUGGACUCUAAGUUGAUUCUCCCGAACGGCAAACCCGUGGCAGCCGUUCUCUUGGCAAACAAAUGCGACCAGGGAAAAGAUGUGCUUGUGAACAACGGUCUCAAGAUGGAACAGUUUUGCAAGGAGAAUGGGUUUGUGGGAUGGUUUGAAACAUCAGCUAAGGAAAAUAUAAAUAUAGAGGAGGCUUCCAGAUGCCUGGUGAAACACAUAAUUGCCAGUGAGAGUGAUCUAAUGCAGCCUAUUGAACCAGAUAUUAUAAAACCACACCUGAAUUCUACUAAGAUCGUCAGUUGUUCAGCUUGCUUUAAAUCCUAAGAGACUCCCAGACCAUUGCUGAGCAAAUAGAUAACAAUGAAUAAUUUAUCCCAAACACACAACCUGUUUUUGUGCUCACAGGUUAUCCAUGAGCAGAUAGCAUUUUUUUCAAAUGUAUGUGUUAUUUAAAAGUAUCCAAUGGUUUUUGUUUGUUUGUUUUUUGUGGGGUUUUUUUUGACUCUUUGGAUUGAUUGUGAAUAGUUCACUUUGUCAGUAACUAUUCAUAUUGUCUUGGUCAUUUGUGAUUAGUCAGAUAAGUCAUAUUAUGUUGUUCCUACUCCCUGAUUAAAUGAGUGAGCAAAAAUUGCUGGGGCAAGUCUUUUUAAAAUGUGUUUAGAACAUAAAAAUGGCUAUACUGGGUCAGACCAAUGGUCCACCUAGCCUACUGAUCUGUCUUCUGACAGUAGCCAGUGCCAAAUGCUUUUUAAAAAAGUCAACAGAACAGGGAAAUUUCAAGUAAUCUAUUCUCUGUCAUCCACUCCAAUUUUCUGGCAGUCAGAGGCUUAUGAAAACCCAAACAAUGGGUUGUAUCUCUGAUCAUCUUUGUUAAUAGCCAUUGAUGGCCCUAUUCUCCAUGCAUUUACCUAAUUUUUGUUUGAAACCGAUUAUGCUUUUUUAGGUCUUUACAAAUUUCCCUGGAAAUGAGCCCACGGGUUGACUGCAUUGUGUGAAGUACUUCCUUGUGUUCUUUUUAAGUCUGCUGCCUAUUAAUUUUAAUGGGUGACCCCUGGUUCUUAUCUUAUGGAAAGGCUUCCCUAAUCACUUUCUCCAUACCAUUCUUCUCUUUAUAGACCUCUGUUACAUUACUCCUGCCCCCUACACACACACUUCAUUGUCUCUUUUCUAAGAUGAGCAGUCACAGUCUUUUUAAUCUCUCCUUGGUUAUUACAAGUGCUUAUAAGACUUGGAAAUUUGUUUUCUGAUCAUAUUUUUCUAGUAAAAUUCAAAUGUAUGAAAGCUCAGAGAAAGUAAAAAAACAAAAGGCAUUGAGAGAGACUAUUUAUAGGAUGUUUUUGCAGUAUUUACAUAACUCUCUUGGGUACCUAUUCAAACACAACUAGAGCACAUGAAAUCUGAAUUGUGGCCAUGGGGUCCAGUGCAUAGAGCCUGGAUUUUAUUCCUUUUGUUUGUUCUUGGGGAAGGUGCUUCUGUUUUCCAUCUCAUCCUUUGCCUGUCUCAUUAAGUGGUAAGCUCUUUGGGGCAGGGACUGUCUCUUACAAUUCGUUUGUACAGUGCCCAACACAAUGGGGUCCUAAUCUGAACUGGGGCAGUUAGGGUAUGUCUACACUACCCCGCUAGUUCGAACUAGCGGGGGUAAUGUAGUCAUCCAC